GCCGCUCCCGGUGUUUACCCGCUGCUCCGGGUAACGGCUGCCGCAGGCCCAGUCCCCAUAGCAACGCAUCUCCUCGCUUGCGGCCCGAGCGGCGAUGGCGAGGGCCGGCGCAGAUCACCUGGAGCAAGGUGUCCACCUGUGAGACAAGCCAAGACCAUGGGAGCAGCAUUGACAAGAGCGGCGCAGUGGACUGCUGCUGGUUCUGGAGCCGGCACGCUUGAAAUCACUCCUCUGAAUGAAUCUCUUUUAAAUCAGAUUGUUAAAUUUGUAGAGGACUUCAGCACUAGACACCCUCAGGAAGCAGCAUUUGUCUUUAGGGAGCCCCUAGAGUGGAAAACGCAGUUGGGCUGUUCAGCAUUUGGAGAGGGUUAUGAGAUAGAUAAAGCAACUGUUCAGUCUGAAGCCAAAGAUGAAGGUGGACAUCCCUUACUUCUCCUCACAGGCUCAAAUCUCCAAGUUCGCAAUUUUGACCAGCUGUCUCAUUUGCUACAAAUUGCUGCGGAAAAAAAGUUAAAGGAAGCACAGGCAUGCCUUGAAGCUAACAGAGAUCCUAUUGUUAAAAUUCUUGGCCCUGAAUAUGCGACGGUUGAAGGAGAAGAUACAUCCAUGUUGCGUUUACUUGAAAAAGUGAAAAAAGAUGAUGAUCCUCAAACAGAGAUGAAAAUGAAAAUCGUUAUUCUUCUUCAUCAUCUGGAUAUGCAACUCCUUAACAGUUCUUUAAAACACAUUUCACAAGAUGUAAGACUAAACCCAGCUGCUGUAAAUAAUGAAGUGAAUCUUCUCAAGAAUUUCUCUGGGAAAGGAGAGGAUACAGUACUGGAAUCACUGGAAUAUACAUCAGAUUACACAUUCUCUAAUGGAUGCAGAGCCCCUCCGUGGAGACAAGUGCAUGGGGAAAUUUGUUACUUAAUCAUCAAACCACAUGACACUGAUCCUUUGUGUAUCACUUGCAGCACAGCAGGAGUGUUUUUAAAUGGAGGUGAAAUAAAGGGUAAAGAUGAAAUUGACUAUGAAAGGAAAAGCGAUGUGUAUAAAGAUAUUGUCACAUUUUUAAGAGAAAGAUCACCUAAAUUUGUAGAAAAUAUGGCUAAGCAGGAAUUUACAUUUUUUAAAGAACCGACAAACGAGAAAAAUGAUCAGCAUGUACAAGUAGUUCCUAAGGUCUCUGGCCAAUCCCCAAACCUUGAUGAUUACACAGAAAAGAAUGUCUAUGAGAAAAGGAAAAAUUCUGCUGCAAAAAGUAGAUCCAUUGACAAGAAGAUAUUAGAACCAUCUAUGAAGUGGAAGAAUAUUGGGCUUUCUGCUGCCCACAAUGACAAAGCUGUAAGAGAAAAAGAACGACGGAGAAGUAGUACAGUAUCUGGGAAAAAAAAAAAGAAAGCCUCUGGUAUUCCUUCUGAAUCUGUUAAAACACAACCAGCUUUGAAAUGUAAAAUAUCAGAGAAGUUUGAAGAAGUUAGUGAAAGUUCCUCAGAGACUGAUGAAGACGAAGAACAGCCUGUACGUCACCAGGAAGGAAGCUCUGAUUUGCCAUCAGAAUACUGGGGAAUUCAGAAACUUGCAAAAUUCUUAAGGGGAGGUAAUCAAACAGCUACUGUAAUUGCAUUGUGUGCAAUGAGAGACUUCAACCUCACUCAAGAAACCUGCCAACUGGCCAUCAGAGACAUUGGAUGUCUUGAAGUAUUAAUUAAUUUGCUUGAUACAGAGGAAAUUAAAUGCCAGAUUGGCUCAUUAAAAAUCCUGAAAGAAAUUAGUCAAAAUACGCUGAUCAGACAUGCAAUUGCAGAUCUUGAAGGUUUACAGAUCAUGGUGAAGAUAUUGGACUCUCCAGAUACAGAUCUAAAAUGUUUGGCUGCUGAAACAAUUGCUAAUGUUGCUAGAUUUAAACGAGCACGAAGGACAGUAAGGCAUUAUGGAGGAAUCAAGAAACUGGUUGGGCUGUUGGAUUGUAUGUCAGUGAAAUCAACUGGUCUUACACUGCAUCAAGCAAAAGAUACUGAAAUAGCACGCUGUGGAGCUUUAGCACUCUGGAGCUGCAGCAAAAGUACCAAAAAUAAAGAAGCAAUCCGUAAAGCUGGCGGCAUUCCAUUAUUAGCUAAAUGGCUUAAAAGUUCAGAUGUAGACAUCCUAACACCAGUUGUAGGGAUACUACAAGAAUGUGCCUCAGAGCCAAGUUAUAGACUUGCAAUAAGAACAGAAGGAAUGAUUGAGAACCUUGUGAAAAAUCUGAGUAGUGAACAAGAGGAGCUUCAAAUGCACUGUGCUAGUGCCAUAUUUAAGUGUGCAGAAGAUAAAGAAACACGUGACCUGGUUAGACAGCAUGGCGGUCUACAACCACUGUCUGUUCUACUUGAUAACUCUGAAAAUAAAAGACUUCUAGCAGCUGUGACAGGAGCAAUCUGGAAAUGUGCAAUCAGUGAAGAAAACGUGUCAAAAUUUCUUGAAUAUAAAGUCACAGAAGCUUUGGUAGGACUGCUCACUGAUCAACCUGAAGAAGUUCUUGUAAAUAUCGUUGGAGCACUGGGGGAAUGUUGCCAAGAACCAGUAAAUCGAUCUAUUAUCCGUAAAUGUGGUGGGAUACCAUCCCUAGUGAAGUUACUUACUGGAACUAAUCAGGCAUUACUUGUGAAUGUCACAAAAACAGUGGGAGCUUGUGCAACAGAACCUGAAAAUAUGAUGAUAAUUGACCGUUUAGAUGGAGUUCGUUUGUUAUGGUCAUUGCUGAAAAAUCCUAAUCCAGAUGUUCAAGCAAAUGCAGCUUGGGCUAUUUGUCCUUGCAUUGAAAAUGCCAAGGAUGCAGGGGAAAUGGUUCGGUCCUUUGUUGGUGGCUUGGAACUGAUAGUCAAUUUGCUAAAAUCAAAGAAUAAAGAAGUUUUAGCAAGUGUAUGUGCAGCCAUUACAAAUAUAGCUAAAGAUGAAGAAAAUUUAGCUGUUAUAACAGAUCAUGGAGUCGUCCCUCUGUUGUCUAAACUAGUAAACACAAACAAUGACAAAUUAAGACAUCACUUAGCAGAGGCCAUUUCUCACUGUUGCAUGUGGGGAAGCAAUAGAGUUACCUUUGGAGAAAACAAAGCAGUAGCUCCUUUAGUGCAUUACUUGAAGUCAAAUGAUCCGUUGGUCCAUAGAGCUACAGCUCAGGCUUUAUAUCAGCUUUCAGAGGAUCCCAGCAACUGUAUCACCAUGCAUGAAAAUGGAGUGGUGAAGGAGUCGAACAAUGGUUAUGACAUGUGACAGAUGAAUCAAUGCUUUCUUUCUAUCAAGCCCCAGAAAGUACUUCCUCCUUCUGAAGUAAAAAUUCAUGGCUGUACUGGAAAAGUAUUUUUGAGGACCGAGUAAUGACAUUUGGGACAUUAGAACAUGGGACAUUUUUAUACGUUAGGGUAAGGAACAGGCAUCACUCUGAAUUCAAGAUGGGAAAUAGCUGUCCAUCGACAAAGAAGAGAAAUCCAGCAGUGGGAUAGCAGCUUUUAGCCAAGAUAAGCAUGAGUACCAGGCAACAUGCUUCACUCUUGGAGUUCCCUUACAAUUAGAGAAGAGAAAUAGUAAAAAUCACAGACAACUAGAAGUCUCCACCGAUCGCAGCAUUCUUCUUGGAAACAUGAAGCUGUUGCAAAGGAACAAAGACUUUUACCUAUGGUUGAGUGCUCUAGAAGCUUUAAAGGAAUCAAACUUGUUCAAGAAAAGAUCUCUGCUAAAGAGUAUAGGUUUUUUACAGGCUUGCUCUUUUAAGAUGAAGAACUUUUUCCUGACAUCCAGCCUGAACCUCCUCUGUCACAGCGCCAUGCUGUUCCCUCAGGUUCUAUCGCUGGUCACCAGAGAGAACAAACCAAGGAACUUCAGCCACUCUUUAUGCGUCUUCAUGUCUAGACCCUUUACUGUGUUUCAUUUAUCUCCUAAUUUAGAAAUUUAUGCAAAGAUAAGGCACCUCAGUCUCUACCAGCAAUACUGUCUGGUCUCCUUUAGCUGUAACUGAAGUGCAGGUACAAAGUUCAAAUCUACACAAUUGCUUCGCCCCAUAUCUGUGUUUAAGGAGGUGUCUCACAAAGUUCAUACCUGUGGACAUAACUAUGCGGUCCAGUUCAUUUUUAGGUAGGAAUAACAGACUUUUGAAUAAUAGUGCAAUAUGAAGGAGGUAUUCAAAAUGUACUUUAUUCUUUUCUUGGAAAAAUACAGAUGAGAUGUGUUUAUGGUAUGUUGGAGAUGAAACACUAUCUGCCCAACAGUAACUGAAGCACUCUUUAAACAUGAUCUAACAAAGACAGAUGUUUUGAAUUAGUGUAUCUAACUAACUUGAAUCCAGGGAUUUUGAAGAAGGACUUUGGAGUAUUAAGGAUGGGUUCCUUUCAUUUAACUCUGGCCACUCUUAGGUUUGGAGUUUAAACCAAUCUAAACUGAGACACCUUCACUAGCCAAUGGAAAGAGGGGCACCUGCAGGCUUAUGCUAGCUGAAAAUAGAUGCCCAAGAUAUCUGAAAAGUAUAGGCUCAUGAAGGUUUCUUGUUUUCUCCACUGAGUAUUGAAACGACCUAAGUCUGUAGCUCAGACUAAACAGCUGUCUUUCAGGCUGCUAAAUUUAAAUUACUAUCCUCCUGAAUGUUGACUUUUGGCGAGCUUUGCAGUACAGCGAAACUUGCAGGGCUGGGAGAAAAUUAAUGUGCCAAUAUUUUAAAAGCCUAAAUAAGUUUAUAGUCCUGUAAACUGGGCACUAUUCUCAUGUUGAAUAAUCAUAGAUACACAUUAUAGUACUACACUGUACAUUAUAAUACUAGAAGAGAUCAUUGUAAUGGUCUGGUCUGACUAGCCUUGCUCAUACAAGCCAGAGGCAUGGCUUCAAUUUAUUUCUGUUUGGAAUAGAGUAUAUCUUUUAGAAAAACACUGACUCUUUACUUAAAAAAUUCCAGCAAUGGAAAAUCUACUAGAGCUAUCAAAACUUUUUCCAGUAGUUAAAUACCUUCCCCAUAAAAACAUUUGCACCUUAUUUGUAGUGUCAAGUUAGUCUAGCUUUAUCUUCUGCCAUUAUGUGUAUGAAACUGUUGCUUGGUAAACUGAAAAGCCCUAUAUAGCUUCUGUUUUCACAAAUAUUCUCAUGUAGUGAAAUCAAAUCACUCCAUUAUCAUCCCUUUAAUGAGUGUAAUCUCUGAUGUAAUCUCUGUAUUUUCAGUUGUGGGGUUUUUUUUGGUUUUUUUUUUUUUUGGUGGAUCAGCUCUGAAUCUUUUUUUCUGAAAUUUCAUUUUUUGGACUGAAUUUCAGCAUAUUUCAGGACAGAAUUCAGUAUUCCAGUAAUAGUAGUAUAAAUUCUUAAAACAGGUAAAAUAACUUCCCUGUUUCUAUGUAAGCUCUGUUUGAACAUCAGAGAUUUUCAUUAUUCUGUUUGACUUCAGUAUUGACCUCAAAGUUCAUAUUCGUCUUGUUUUUUACUUUGACUGUUCACCAGGCUAGCUGUUCCCAUGCUAUAAUGCUGGCUUUCCUACACAGGGGUAAAAAUUAACAUAAGGUAAUACUGAUUGGAAUAAAUCACUAGUGAAUUAAGACCUAGUGAAGUAAGUUGAUUUUUUUUUCAAGAGAUUAAAUCAGAUUUUAACAGUUGUCAGUAUACUUUGUAAGUCUCAGAAGAGUUACCUGCCUUUUUUAUAUUAAUCAUUCACAGUAUAAAAGCAGCCACAAAAUGUACUCAAGCAUUUUAUUGUUUUAGAGAAGAAAAUUUUAAGACACCAACACAAUAACUCUUCCAAUAAUGCCUUUAAAAAAAAUGAAAAAUGCUGCCUUCCAGUUUUGGAAGAGAUAUGAUUUAUUAAAAACCUGAAUUUUGCUGGCUGAGAGUUGAAUUAUGCACAAAUGGAUUAAGGUCUAUGAAAAGAAUAUUAUUUGUUUUGAUUGCAAAGUAUGAAGCUAAAUACCACCCCUUCUGUUUGCUAAAUAUUCUACAUUUGCAAGCAGCUGAUCAGACGGUACAUAGAUAUUCUAAAAUAUUCAGGGACAUCUUCUCAGUGAGGUUAUUUCUAGUGUUUUGUAUGAGGAUCUCCUGACAUUUUGACUUUGAGUAAAGUUUGUGCUUGAAUUCCUAACUAAUAAAUAAUAUUAAUUUGUCAUUUCCCUUGUUUAUCUGCAUUGUCAGAGUGCUUAAAGUCAUUCAUCACAGUUGAAUUGUUCUUGCUAGGCAGUGAUGUAUAGCUAUAUCAGAAAAAGAACUCAGAUAACUUACUGUUUAAAUGUAGGACGCAACAAUGUGGAGGUGAACAGAUAGGAAUUAAGCAGAAAAAAAUCUAAAAGUACGUGUAUUGCUUAUAUUUGAUAAUUCAAGCAAACCAAGAUGCAAUCACUGCUAAUUUGUAACUCCAACUCUAUUUUUAUAAGCAAAAUAUAAAUACCAGAUACUAGCUAUAAGCUUUUUGUGAAAAUCAAGAGAGCAGAUCCACCAGAUAGUACCCAAUCACCCAGACAUUAAGGUACUUAACCUAUAUGAGAGCCAUGGCUGGUGCUAUUGUCUAUCUGCUGAAGGCUACAGAAAGUCAGUUAUGUUAGCCUCUGUUGAGCUCUGUUUUGUUCCGAGCUGGUUUUAUUAUUCAGAAAAGUUGAUGUAAAGAUGAUAUUUUUUCCUGCACUAUGAAUAAGUCUAUUUUCACCUGUUAUUCCACUGUAUGUGGACAUAUUUGGGCCAGAGGAUCCACUAAUUGCAGUGCGUAUCUGAAAUGCAGAUCAGACUUUCCAAUUCAUGUUCUGACACUUUUUAAUAUUGAAAGCGUCCAUCCAACUUGCCAGUGUAUAGAAUUGAUCUUUACUCUUUGGUUUCACUGAAUUAUUUGCACAACAUAGGAGUGCUCAGUUUCCGUAAUGCUGCAAAAUAUCAGUUGAUAUUGGUUGGAGCUAGUAGGAUCUUCGCCAGAAAUACUGAAAACUUAAUUUUAAACCCUUGGUAUAAGGGAGGCAAAAUAGUCUCAUGCUUCUAAGAGCGUACAAGAUGUUUCUUAGUGUGCCUAUGUGCUUAUACAUAUGGAUAGAUAUGUUUUUAAUUAAUCCAUCACAAUUUUUCUUCUCAUCAUGCUAUAGCCUCAAGAGAUGCGUAGUUGUUUUUCAUUUUGUUUGCUUUUAUUUUUGCAAAGAAGCUGUAACAGCUAUGAUGUAUUUUCUAAAUUGUACUAUGAACUAAUCUGUGAAGUAUUUGUGCGUUCUGAGUUCUAUUUUUAAUGGUAGAAAGGUUAAUCACACAAAGGCUCUUCCUUUCCCCUGUAAUAAUCUAAGAUAUAAAAAUAGUUGGUUUUACCAUGAUUUUGUAACUGUAUUGUGAAAUGUAGUUUUUCUGUUUGGAGAGUUCUUCUGUACUUUGUUACAAUGACUGUAUUAAAGAAUGUAUUUUGGGUGUUUUAUUUUGAAUUGCUUCUGAAUUUUGCUCAUUAUUUACUAAAGCCAUAAAUUCUUACAAGUUUUGGCUAGUUUUUUUAAUGUGAAUAGUCUUUCCUAGGAUCAUCUUUGUGAAAUACAGAAUGUGGAAGACAAUUACUAGUAAUUUUUAAAGAAAAUUUUAAAAACUCCCUCUUUGGCGUAUACCAUAUAUGUCUGAGGUUCAGAAACUGAAAUACAAAUGCACUGGCACCUAAUUCCCUAGAUGUGUUUGAUCAGAGGUUUGGUUUUUUAAGAAAGUACUUAAAUAAAUCAAUCCAAAAUAUUUCAUAUAUCUAUGCAGUAAUGUUGUCCAUGUGCAGUAAAAAUAUAGUUACAUAUUUCCAUAUUUCCAUAUUUAUUUUCAGUUUAGAAGAACCCCCUUUUACCAGUCAUGGUUGGCUCUACUCAGGCUCCACUCUUCAGACUGGAGAUGCAAUUGUUUGGCACAUAACUCCUGGCUUGUGCCUGCUGUUUUUCAUAAAUUAGUUGUUACAGUUCUUAGAUGUCAAGGAAGAGGGCACUAGAUGGCAAAAUUGCUGCCUGACUGUUGGCUACAGAAAUUUCACCCCGUUCCUUCACCCACAAAUGUAUUGAUCGCAUAACACUUUAAAAUUUCAUGUGCAAGAUUUUCCACAAACUAAGUCCAAUGCUGGCAUUUGUUGUUUUGUUUCGGAAGGAUUAAUGAUAACUGACAAUGUUACACCACUGCAAUUUCUAUUGUGUUGGCAGCUGCCAGGUGUGGACAUUUUCCUUACAGUUUCAGCUCCAAGAAACAGAAACCAGUAAGCCUCUACCUUCAUAAUAAGUAGAAUUCACCAUUCAUAAAGUAGGGGUACUUACAUGUAAAACAUUUCACUUUUGUGCCAUUGCCAAAGGUAAUGAAGUUUGACUUCAGCGUAGAUUAAGCCUUAGAGUUUCAAUGAUGUUUCAAAAUUUCACACUACUAAAGUUUAUGAUACGUAGCAAGUGUUCUGUUAAAAUCUGGCUGAUCCCAGAUAGGAAAAAAAAGCAGCCCAAGGGAGAUCAGCUUGUCUUUGCCCAAAUCCUAUGCUUCAGAAGACCUCUAAUUUAGUAACAUUUGGAUAACAAACCUAGAGGCUGGCAUAAAACUCCUCUUGGCACGAGUUAAGCAUCUUUCAGUCUUAUAAAAAGAAGUUUGUCCCACUAAGCUGUAGGUUUGUUGGAGCUGUUUAACAGUAGCUGUGCCCUGCAGCUCUUUUAGUGAUAAAUGAGCUGCUUCAAAUAAAGUGCAAUUGCAGCCAACUGUGCAGAAGGAAUCAUUAAAAAAAAUUUAAAUAGACAUUUUUGAAGCUUAAAAAUGCACAAACAAAGUACAUUAAACCAAAAUAUAUGGUGCUUCUUUUAAUGGAAAAGAUUGCUACUGGCUAAGUCUGCCAGCAUCAAUAGGUGUGCCAAAAAGCCAAGGAAUCUGGCAGAGUUCAUAGAUAGCUGUUCCAUCUUUCAUCUAUAUUUCUUUUCUGUAUUUAUCUUGCUUUAGAAAAUGCAGAGAAUGUCUUUUCCUUCCGACUUGGCACUAUUUCUAAACCACAGAAAUACACAGAACAGCUUCUUGCAAUUGUUUAGCUCCCUGUACUAAGACUCAUCCUUGUGUCAGUGUGAAAUAUUUCUUUCUAAUUUGGUAAUAAUAAGAAAAGAAAUAUUGAAAUGUUUUAUUUUAUAUGGAGUAGUAGCUACGUUAUCUGAUAUUAAAUUAGUUUUUUUAAUUGAGGGGUACUUGGCUUAAUGCACAAGGGCAGAAUGCCAGGUAAUUAUUUUUGGCAUUCAGCUGAUCAAAAAUAGUUUCCUUGUCUGUAAGGAGCUAUUCAAAGAAGAUGAAUAUAAGAAAUAAUAAGAGCAAUAUAUAUGUGUGUAGAUACAAACUAAUACAUAGUUGUAAAUAGAGACUGAAUUACCAUUCAGGAGUCCUUAAUGUACCAAAAUUUACAUUUAAUGUUGUUGUCUGUAGAAAUUCUUUUUACUUCUCCCUGGAGAAUCAAUCACUCUGUUAUAGUUGGCUUCAAGCCCUAGUCAUUGUAUUCUCUUUUAUGUUGCAAAGAGCACCCUGCAGUGUCUUUUAAUAAUAUGGCACAUCUUGCUGCUGUCACUUUCAAGGUAAAGAUGCUAAGGAAAAGUCCUUUCACAAUGUGUAGAUUUUGAGAUAGGCCCUUGUGAUAAUGUUCCUGAUUAGUGUUCCAUAUUUUGGCAUAAAGUCUAAAGACUUGACCAGGCUGCCAGGGCACGUGAGGUUGAUGAGAAUUAUGUCGCUGACGACAUAAUUAUGUCCAGUAACGGCUGGAUCAGAUUAUGAAUACAGUUGCAGUGGUGAUUAAAUAACAGUCAAUCAAAGGCCAAAAUAUAUCUUCUACUAGACUACGAAAGUCCAUACAUUUUCAUUUUAUUAGAAAUCUCUAUUUUUUUAUUUAUUUUUAUUAUCUCUAGCAUAUUGGUCAUUAUUGCUAGUCAAUUACAAAAGGAGUCUGAUAAACUGCAAAUUAUGCGGGAAAUGAGAAAGAUAGAUUGUAAAUGAAUUUAGGUCAUAUCCAGUAUGUUCAUUGCAUUUGUGUUGAAGAUAGAGAUAAAAAUAAGAAACUAUAUAUGAUAAAGAAUUGAGAGAGCAGGCAUGCAUAAAGGUGCUUCCAUAAUGCCAUGCAGACAUUACAGUUCCAAAUACUCGACUAAGGAUAAGAUAUAUAAUUUAGUCUCUGUGGCAAUAUGCAAAGAUUAAAAGAUCUCCAAAAGGUAUUUAGAACACCUAAAAUCAGAAUUGCCACAGAGAGUUCACCACUUUUUUCCUAUCACCUACCUUGAGCCCAGAUAUGUGGGAAAAAUCUGAGUUAAUUUGAUAUUUUUGUCUCUGUAUGUUGUAUGUGUAAAACUUGAACAGAUCCAAAAGUCAUCAGAUAGGCUUACCUCCUUUGUAGAAAUCCAAAGAUAGAGAACUUCUGGACUCCAGAGGCAUUGUAGGCUAAUGGAGUGUGUAUGUAUCUAAAGGUCUGCCAUACUUUUGUCAUGGAUUUCCUGGGCAUUCACUGUGUAAAUAAUAUUUUAUUAAUCUUUUGCUUCUCAAAGCAUUUCAUCUUUUCAUCAGUAGCCAUGCUGUUUUAUUCAUGUGCAAUAAUCCUCUUCUUAUUUUAAGUGUUGGGUUUACCCCCCUUGGGUUGUAGGAGACCGUUCAAGAGGGCUCUUCACCAAAAACUCAUAAACAAAUAAAAUUGCUAUGUCACUGGGAGAAAAAGUCCUAGAAAGGAUAAAUAAUUGGCUGGAAAUUAGAAAUUGAGUUGUAGGAAUUAGGAAUUAAAAUCAGAUUUUGCAACCAAGGGAUCUUGCCAUUCAGUGUUUCAUAAAUGAUAAUGAAAAAGGUUGUGAACACUGGCAAAGCUGGCUGACAGUAUCAAAUCCUUCAUUGUAGUAGAGAUGACAGCAGAUUGCAAUUUGCAGUUCACAGUACUUUGCCAUGUCAAAUCUAUUGUGCAAGGACAUUAUAGCUCAGUGCAAAGUUUAUACCUUUCGUGAAAGCAUUGGUUUUACUGCACCAGACCCUGUGGCACUCAUGUGCAGCAGGAGCAUAGGGACAGUCAGUAACAAUUUUUUAGAACUGAAAAUAUGUUCUGAUAUUUGGGCAAGGCAAUUAAGUCCCCAUAAAAAAAAAUCUGGAAAACAAAAAUUCUGUGUAAUGUAGAGCUAGGAACUCCUUGAAGUUCUAUUUUGGAUCUUGGGUUUGCUUCUUACUCUUCAGGCUGUUUCUGUUAAUCUCUUUGCUCUUCCUCUCUUUGUUCCAGAAUUCUCAUGGGAUUUGUAGUUAUCUGUAAGAGUUAUUUAUCUGUAAAUUUGCGUAGACUUCCUAGGGAGCGAGGAGAGAAAUUGAUUAUUUGUUUAAUUCUUGAACAUUGUAUUCUAUUGUAUAGAAUUGUAUUUCUAGAAACUAUUCUUUAGCAAGUGCCAGUGCUCUUCAUAAAGAUGGAAUAGAUGUUAAUCUCCUUAAGUUUAUCAUGACUCAAGCAUGUGAUGUAGUAUUUUCCUGAAAAAGUAGCAUCUUUGUGUUGAGAGCUGAAAAAUGAAGAAGGCAACAUUACACGUACAGGUGCAGUACUUUGUUUUACAACGGUUUACCCAUACUGUAGUAAUUAGGCUGCAUUGUUCGUCAAGUAUCCUCACCCAGGAAGGUCUAACAUGCUGUUAAUGUUGUUGUGCUAGCAUUAGCAUCACUAGAUCAUAUUGUGUUCAUACAAUGUUCAACUGAUUCCUAACUGUUGCUUCUACAUUUUUAUAUACCAUACAUUUACUUCUGAGUCAUUCGUCCUUUAUACAUCACAAAAGUAAUGACAAAAAAGAAAUACAAAAAUGUGCAUUAUAUCCAGAGGUCUGCAAAUACCAAUAUCAAUUUAAAGAUAGGAAAAUGUAUUCUAGCAGUUCAUCUCUCUCUGUAAUCCAAAGCAAAAACUCACAAAGUGGAAAACCAAGAAGUACAGACAACAGACAAAUUUUUUAAAUCUGCAGAUAUGAAUUAACAUGUGGACUAUAUACAGACCUUCGUCUGUGAAGCAACCCAGCUCAUUUCUUGCUUUCUCACAUUCAGAAUGUCGUAUUUGUUUGAGUAAAGGUAAACUAUGUUCAUACCAUCCAUACAUUCAUUUUUGUUCUGCUAUUUUUUUUCCUGUGUUUAAUGUGACUGCUCUCUACUAAUUAUCUUUAGUAGUGCCCCAUCAUGAAAGACAUUAAUACAGGAAGACAAACAACUAAAUAAUCAGUUUGAAUAGACUUCUCAUAUUUAGACCUAUGAGAAAUUAUUUCCUUUCUAGACUGGAAGAGUUUCUAAUUGUGUCCAAAGGGAUAGUUAAUUUAUGUACCUGUUUAUUCUCAUUUUGUCUUAAAUAUUAUUUGUUUUGGGAAGUUACCUUCAGUUAGGAGGGAGAUCUAAAUGUGAAGAAUUAAAUCAUAAUUAAAUUAUCAUUAUUCUCAGAAUCUAUCCAGAUUGUAUUACAGCAGUCAUUUAUUAUUUUUUGACCUUAUAUAGUAUUUUUUCUAUUAUUUUCAUAAAAUGUUCUAGUUGAAUGUUCUCUAGUUUAAAAACAGACUAUAAAUUGAAUAAUACCAGUUGUCUUCCAGUUUAUGUAAAUGUAUGCACUGUUGCCACCCACACAUCUUAAAACAUGAGGAUAUAGAUCUUUUAGUACACCACAAAAAAAAGGUGACUUGAAUCAUUAUUUGAGACAAAUGCUGUUGUACACAUCUACAGCAUGACUGUCCUGCUUUUAUCCCCAGAAGGUUAAGGUUUACUAGCAGAAGCACUCCACUGGUUUUGAUUAUUGCGGUCAUACUUAGGCUGAGAGACACACAGUUGGGCCAUUGGUCUUAAAUCUAUAUUGACUUUAGAGAUCAAAAUCAGUACUUGGAAAUGAAUAGAGAAGAGAGUUUGAAGUCAGUCCAUGCACACCAGUAGAUGUAACAUAUUUUUGAAAUAGUAGUACUGUAAGGUUUUGCACAAUGUUCUCAGAGUAAGAUGCAGCUUAAGAUAAACAUAGAGAAUUCUUUCACUAGUCUGGAAACUGGUUUCUCUUUACUGUAGUUCAAUGCUGACUUCAAAAAUAAACUGCUUAUAGUGUGCUUCAGGAAUAUCAGGUAAACAAGAGAACAAAAUGCAAGAUGUUUUCAGGGUAUUGCUGAGAAGUCAGGCAGAAUCUAUCAGUGUAUUAAGGUUCCUGGACAGCUCAAGUCUCCUUUUUUUUCUCUGACUUGCCCCUGAGAGUUUAUUUGCAACUGAUCUCCCUCAGCUUCUAUAUAGCCCUUAUGUGACUGACUGACUGAUUGACAGACAGAGGCAGUAUUCUUCUUAAUAGUAAUUUUUUUACAUUUUGAAAACCGAAACUGAUUUAGCAGUCCUUUCUCAAACUUCCUAAACUACCUUGACAGAUAUAUUAAGGAAGGAAGGGCAAGGUAGAAGCUGUGCUUCUGUAAAAGGAAGAAGAAAGCAAAAUAUGAAAAAAGCAAGUAUGAAACAGCAGAUGAGUACUGAAAGUGAGUAGGGAAUAAAAAAGAAAGAUUGAUCAGGAUGCAAUAAAAUAAAGAAGUGGUCCCCAGCGUGCUACAGAGCUAGACUUCAUUAUGAAAGGAAAGGAACAUCCAUGACAUAAGCCUACUUGUGUCCUUUACAUGUUGUUAAGUAAGCAGGCUCCUGUUUUAAUACAAUGAAUUUCCAGUGAAUUGAAAAACAAGCUUUUUUUUAUGUGACUACUGAUGUUAUGAAAAAGUUCUUUAUUCUCUCUGUGCCACCAAGGGCCUUUUAUGUGUUAAUCUUCUCUUGAAAACGACAUGAAAUAAGGAUAAAAUGAAGUGGCUCAAGUAAAAAUAUGCUGUAAGACCUUGGGCUUCAUCACUUCUGGAUUAUCAGAUCUGCCUAUUGCUUUCAGUGGGAUGAAUUUCAUAUCCUGUAAGACCGUUCUGUAUAUUGGAAUGUUCACGAUGAUUGAAUUCUUUCUUAAUAUUGCACCAAACUUCUUACAGCUGAAUGUGGACUCAGACUAUCUGCCUUUAAGGACUCUGAUUGGUUGCAUAUAAUUGUACCUUUUAAACAGUGAUUUAAAGUUCCUUUUAUUACUAGUUUUAUUUAGCUUUAUUACCUUUCCAUGAUAUGUUUAUAUUCACUCGUACCUGAAAUAGGGGGAAAUAUUCCUCUGAAGUUCUAUGCCUAACAACUUGUGAUGGGAAAGCCUUUCAACUUAGUGUAUUCUAAAGUGGCCUGCAAGUUUACCAAGUUUUAAAACUAUUCUACGUUUUACCAUUUAGCAUUUUGUUCCCAUUCUCCUUGUCAGAUAUUCAGGAUCCUCUGCCCUUUUGUUAUAUCUUUGCACAGAAGUGGAGCACCCUUCCCAAAAUAAUAGCUGUAGAAUGAAGUGUAGAUUAUUUUGUUCAUAUUUUGUACAUAUACAUAGACUUGGAAGUAUACUUAAAUUGCAUACCAUAUUAUAAUCUCCUUUAGGCAUCCAUGUUGUAUGCAUUUUUCCAACAAGUGAAGCAAUGCCACCUUUAAACUAAUUGGAUAGUAUGGGAGCUACAUUUUAUUUUGUAUUUUGUUAGUGUUUGCCUAAGAGGAUUUCUGUUCAAGAGUGAGGUAGGCACAGUUCAGACAUGGUGGAGAAAGAUAGCCAUUGCCUCCAGUACUUUUUGUUUUGCUGUAACUAAACAAAAGAAAUAUACAAAAAAGAAUAGAUAGCAAAAUGUAGCACAAACUGCAGGCACGUAUUUCGUAGUCUGUUCUGCACCUAUUUUCAGAAAGGGUGCAGAUUUUCUCCUGCACUCUUUUCACUGUUGUUUCUUUUUUGUUCUUGGUGUGUUGUUGUUGUUGUUUUUUAAGGAGUAAGGAAAAAAUGAGAAAAAGGAGACAGCUCCUGCCUGAUCUGCUGACUGCCACCACUUUGAGGUGCACCUUGGCCUCAGCUUUAUCUUUCAGGCCUUCUCAUCCCCCUGUAGUGCUUGACUGACUCUCAAGUGUUGUUAUCCUUUUUCCAUAGCUGCUAAAUGGAGAUGUGUUUCAGGGGAGAGAGAAGAGGAAAGACAGGAAUGAGAGAAUAAAGAAAAAGAAACCAGGUGGGAUCUUCCUAGGAUUUCACCAUGCCCAGACAGGGAGCUUCAGUUCCUGCAUCUUCACAUUCAGUGUGAGCAAGCUGGGCUACACCAGGUGCUGCUCUGACUUUAGUUCCGGAGAGGAGAGGUGUUUCAUGAGAGGCAGUCAACACAGUGCGUGUCUGUCCUGCCCAUCUUUUGCAUUUGCUGGGACUUGUAGUACUGGGUUUUCCUCCUCUGCUAGCUUAGCAUUCCCUGGCCCAAAGACUUUACAUCUGAAGUUUAUUGUCUUUGUGUUGCACAAGAAAAAACAAAAUCAGGAGAAAACACUGCAGAACUUGCAUGAGCAUCUUCUUAGGAGACUAUGCAUGGUACAUGGUGCAUCCUUUCUGCUGAAAGAGAAAAUCAGUAAAAGGUCCUGAAUUUUAAUUUAGAAGCAGUUGCUUAGCUUAACCUUAAUUAUACUUUGAUUGAGGAGUAUGCUUUAUUAUUUAUAAUUCAAUUUCGUGAGAAAUAUUUUCAUAGGAAUACGUGUAACGUAAUCCUCAAACUAGGUGCUUUAAUAUUUUCCAGUGUGCAGCAUGGUGUUGAAAGUUAGCAAACUGCUGGCUGGAUCUAGACUGAUACUUUCUUGGAUAAGCUUCUACCAUAUGCUUUUAUUUAAAGUAUUUUUUUCUCUUAGGUUAGGUUUAUAAAAAGCAUGUGAAAAAUGUCUUUUUUGGAAAAGAAGUGUUACGCAAUUAGAAAAUCACAGUGCUAGAAAUUUAGUAUCCUGUAGGAAAUGUUGCAAGUAAAGUAAGUCAGAUACUAAAUCUCAGUUUAAAAAAAGAGAUGGCAAGUCCUAUCACCAACUGGAAAUGCUAUGUCAAUCUACAAGAUGUCAUCACCAGCAUAGCAGAUAGAAGCAGCAGUUAUGUUGAGUGUCUUUAUUUCCAGGAAUUUUAAGCUCGAUGUGAACUGUGACUAGCUUCCCAGUAUAGAUAUGAACCUUAUUGAAGGAGCCCGUCUAUAUUUCCUUCUAAAAAAGAAAAAAAGCUUGAAAAACUGGCAUUAGAAAUUAUUUUGAUAUUAUUUAUAUCAAAAUAAAUUAAAUUAAAUAUUGAUAUUAUUUAGCUAUUCUUUCUUCGUUAUUUGCUUUCAUUUUCACAGGACUCCAGAGUAUUGCUUAGACUGAUCUAUGUCUAUUUUGCAUGAGCAAAGGAACCUCUGCCCAGUAGUACUGUUCCACACUUUCCACUGUUUUGGAAAACUUGUUGUAGAAAAAUCAAGUGACUAACCCCCUUUUAAAGAAGAAUACAUGCAAAAUGUAUUCUUUCUGACAACACUGCUUCUUCUAUUUCUUGCUUCCCACCUGUGAGUCUGGAAGCUGCAAUGAUUGUGACUAAAGGAAAGUAGGAAACUGAGUACUUACGAAUUAUUGUACCCAGCGCAUGGAGCAUCUGAACCUUACAAGAUUUUGUUUAUUGAUUUACUGGGGUAAUGCUUGUCUGCAUUUUUUCUUCUUUUAAAUCUUAUGCUACUCUUUUGUAAUGAAAAAUUCUUGAAAGACAUCUUCAUAAAAACAAGAAAUACUAAUUUUUAUUACCCAUCUUGGAAGGACACAUUUACAAGUUCUUUCAUCAAAUCUUGUUUUGUUUGAAAAAAAAAAAACAAAACCUUUCAAUUAGUUAUUUUGUGACUGUAGAGAUAAUAUUUUUAAGGAAGCUCUGCUUUCAGAGGGUAUCAGGUAGCAUCAUUCAUGAUACAGUAACAUGCAAGCCAGUAUUCUGGCUUACCCCUUUACAUCUGACUAUUGCCUUGAAAAAGAACUGUCAUGACUUUGGUAUACCAAAGAGCAUGGUUGCCAGAGAGGGAGGUGGUUUCCACAUAGUCCAGGGCAAGGCCAGGUCAAUGGAACAUCAUGAAUUUCAGCAAAGAUAAAUGCAACAUCCUGCAACUGAGAAGGACUUACACUGGCACUUGCACUUGCCCUGGCAGUGAUACUGGCUAGAGACUGAGUGGAUAUGGAGCAGUUCUACAGAAAAGGGCAUGGGGAUUUUGGUAAACAGAGGGCUGAACACUGGCCAGCAGUGUCUCCUGAAAGCAAAGAAGACACAGUAGUGGGCUGCACUAGCAGGAGCAUGGUCAGUGUAUUGAAGGAAGUGAUUUUUCUUCCCCAUAGUACUCGUUAGACCACACCUAGAAUACUGCAGUCAGCCCUCCAGCACAGGAAAGACAUGGCUAACCCAGAGCUAGUGGUCCCAGCAGAGUGCCACGAGGACCAAAACCGGUGCACCUGUCCUGUGAGGAAAAGCUCAGGGAAGUGGGUUUUCAGCUUGGAGAAGAGAGAGCUUCAAGUGAACUUAACAUCAGCAUCCCAGUACCUACAAGGAGGUCAGUCAUCAAACAGAUGUAGCAAGGCUUUUGCCAGUGAUGUAUGGCUUUUGGGUGAGAGUCAACAGGCAUAAACUGAAACAAGAGAGACUGAAUAUAGGGAAAAUCAUUUCACUAUGAAGACAAACACUGGAACAGGUCGCUCGAAGAGAUUGUGCAGUCUCUGUCCUCAGCGGUUUUCAAGAUCGGGCUGGAUAAAUCCCAUAGCAACCUGGUCUAAUCUGAUGGCUGACCACGCUUUGUGCAUGAACUGGACCAGAGACCUUUUGAAACCCCAUCCAUUCUGUGUUACUCUGACUUUGCUGCCCUGAUGAGGCCACACAAUUCUGUGCUAUUUUAAAGCUAGGAUAGUAAUAGCACAAGUCUUCUUAAUUGUUCUGAAUAUUUAAAUGAUUUGGCCGUGCGUAACUCUUGCUUUUGGAACCCAUAAAUGCAACAUAUGCUCUGUACGUUCUCCAAACAGCUUGUAUUUGUGCUUAUUUGCUGGUAUGACGUGCUAACUGUGCAAAAAAUUUUGGACUCUUGCCUUAGAAUAUAGAUACCUGCCAACUGAAAAUGAAGUCUACAUAGUACUGCAAAUGCUUUCUCUGUCUAUGGAAAGUGCCUCUUAUGUGCCAGAAAGAAGCAUUUAUACCACAUGCUUUUUCACUGCUUCUCACAUCUGUUAACAUUUACAUGUGUCAGAAGACAAUACCUGAACAGUAAAGGGAAGGGAUACAUGAAGUUCAAGGGCAUUGCAUCAAGAAGGACAUGUAAUGUUGCACUGGCGCAUUGAAAUUAAAAAGAAAAAAGCUUUCUUGGACUUGUCAAAUAUAUGCAGUAUGUGGAUUUGGUCUGUGUAUGCAUUCUAUGAAUACAUUUCCACAGCCGAAUUGGAUGACCCAAAUUGCCAGUAAAUUGAAAUGAAUCCAUGAAUCCACAAGUUUGAGAAUUGGCAGUCCGGAAGUGAGAGAAUUAUAGCUUUGUUAGUAUAUAUGAAAAUGAUAAAAUUUUGCUUCAUUUAACACAGCAUUUAUAUGACAGUCUUUGAAGUUAGAUUCCUAAAUAUGUAAGAAUUAUCUGCUUACAUUUCAAUAUUUUGCAUUUUCAAUAAUCUUCUCUCUACUUUCCUUCUUAUUACAACAUGGAGUAAGUUGACAGACAAAUGUUUCUGUAUAUCCUCUAUCCCUAGAGGCAGCUACUGUAUUAGACUGUUUCCAGGACUAUUUCUUUGAAGUCAUGCUCUGAAAAUCCUGAACAAGGAUUUUGUAUAACAUGGCAGUUCUUAUGGAUGUUACCACUGGCAAGUGAUUUAGAAGAACAACAAAUUAGAGAGCAAUUGAUCCUUUAACUGCCAAAAUCAGAAGGAGAAAAAAAACAAAACAGUUUUUAAUGUUUUUCUAAAAAUUACUGUUGCGUUGUUGAAUACCACUAAUUCUUUAGGCAUCUGAAGAGGUACUUCAAAUCUGUGUCCUGUAAUGUGUUGUUCUUUGAUACUAAGCUCUGGUUCUCCAAAAAGUAGCUGCAAUGAAGAGUAGAGAUCACCCCCUUCAACCCUGCCUCUGCCAUUGCCAUUGCUUAACAUUGAGCUCACCUUGGGAAGCGACAAAAAAAGUAUUUAUUUUCCUAUGUCUUCUGAGCCCAGAAGUAAGUGAUGACUAAAAGAUGGUAUCAGUAACCUUGUAUCAAGGACUACCUAACAUGGAGUCAUAACAGAGGGAGAGGUUUAUUUUUGUUCUGAUUUUUUUUGCUAUAUUUCCAGUAAAAAAUAUAUUUCUGAAAUAUUAAUUUCAUGACAACCUUCUGCUCUCAUGAACUGAUAAAAAAUCUCAUGCUGAAUUUAUUAUAAAAGUUUAAGUUCCACAGUCACUACACUUCAAAAAGCCUUGCACUAGAUCUAUGAAGAUGCAGUAAAUAAUCACAUAUGGCAUAUAGUUUCCUUGCUCCCAAAUUUGAAACUUAUGGUGUUACCAGAACCACCGUAUGAAUGGUAUGUGCAUACAUAUUUUUGGUUUUGAGUCAGGGAUGUGAAGGAUCUAUACCAGUUUUUGUCUGUAAGUUAUACAAGAAGUUUGUGAGGCACCCAAAGAAACACUUUAGGUUAACGAGAAAUCAGCUGGUGGAAAUUAGAAGGAAGAGAGAUCUUCAUUUAGCAAUAUUUCUCUAAAAAAUGCUAGGUUUCUGCUAAGACUUGCAUUCUGGCCCAUGUGCUUUUUGAGCAGCUUGACCACUGUAGAGACAUGCUGCUUGGCCAUUCUGCUGAAGGCAGUGGUGAAGCUUCACCAUCUCCAGUGGCUGCUGAACCUGACUCAGAUUUUGCCUGCAAAUAAAGCACAGAAGUAUAAAGCUUUCUCAUUGCAUUUUCUUCUUGAGCCGUCUACCCUGUGGUAUAUCCAUUCAGAAGUGUUCACACUUUCAGAAUUCUUAUCUAGCUAUUUGGACAUAGAUUGUUGGUUACAUGAAUGGAAAUUAUAGGAAGAAAUGCUAGAAAAUAAUAUAAUUGAUGCUUAAUUUACAUAAUAGUCUUUUUGACGUGAUAUGGGCAUGUCACAGGCACUCUUACAAAUUGCAUAUAAGGGUCAAAGGGUGAAAGGUGACUGGCAAGAUGCUUGUUUGGUACAUUUGGCUAACACAAAUACUUCCUCAAGUAUAAAAUGCUUUGAUCUCUAUAAGCAAAUGCCAUAUGUGUGCAGCUGUGGCCCAUGCCUCACGAUUGCUGGAAGGUUAGAAAAAGGUAGCGUAUGAAUUUGAUGUCUGCAUUCAAUUUAUGCUUUUAUAUUUAGCAGUUCAUAAUUUUAUGUAAUAUUUUAGCUGCAUGAAAAAUAUACACUGGAGUUGAGUGAUAACAGAUUUCUUUGUGGUUUGACUCAACAUUGUUUGGGUGAACACAGAAUCCUAAGUAUUGCAGACUGAAAAUAUAGGUUUUAAUUAGAGCUGUCUGAGCUUCAAAAUACCUGGACACACAUUGCGCUUGGCAGAUUUUCAGAAAUCUGAGGAUUGUGAGAUGCUGAUUUAAACUAGCAAAGAGUCUGCUUUUUCUGCUGUUUUCCAAUGUGUGUUGUAUUUACAGUUGCAUCACAGACUUGCAGCACUCCAAGGAAAUGAGAUCCCAAAGUGUUAAUGAUUUUCUGAUAUGUAAAAGUGGUUUAUCAUCAAGGUUUGUGUUAUGUCAUGCCUGUGUGGAACAGUACCUUACUCCAAGGGAAUUUCCAUUGAAAAAAACUGGAUGGCUUCCAGAGUGAAGGAUCUCCUCCACAGAACUGUAGAGCUGAAUCAACUCCAAAAGUUUGGUGCCUUUGUCGAGCCUUUAUUUUUUAUAUUUCCAUGUAAAUUUCCAUGUAAAUAUAUAAGAAUGUUAUGUUCAGGUCUGUAUCCCUCAAGCAGUUUCACACAAGUGGGUUGCUGUGACAGUAAAGAAACCUACCACAAGCAGCGGGACGCUAGGGUCCCUUUACAUGGAUCCAGUUUUAUGAUGGAAACCAAAAAGAAAAGCAUGGUCUUGUUUAUUAAAAGUCUGGAGCAUAAAUUCAUUAGUAUGCCUUCAGGGGAAACAGUGAUUUGGGUUUGCAUAUACACAAUUUCUACUUAUAAGAAAAAAUCCAAUUCAGAACCAGUAGACAGGCGUGAAAAAAAUAAAUAGAAAAUCAGACAAGCAAAUAUCAAAUUACAGAUACAAAUAUGAUAAAAUAUAAAGGGUUGUGCUCUAUACGUAUGCUAAUGCAUAUAGAUAUACAAAAUCAUACGUAAAUGUGUAUAUGUAUGUACCUAUAUAAUACAAUGUUUUUGUUAAUGUAAUUUUCAAUUUUAUUUCUUAUAUGUGUGUGAGUGAAUGCAUACAGUUGUUCAAAAUACAAUUUGAAUAUUUUUAAAUAGUAGCCUACGGUUGUUCCAAAUAUGAUUUGAAUGUUUUUUAAAUAGUAGCGUACUCAUUUGUAUUUCUUACUCUAUUUUUAUUGUUAUUUUCACCAGCUCCUACUGGCUAUGGUAGGCUCUACAGAUGAAACUCUGCAGGAGGCAGCAGCUGGUUGCAUAGCAAACAUUCGCAGAUUGGCUCUAGCAACAGAAAAAGCGAAGUAUGGCUGAUGCCUUAACAGCUUUUACCAGCACACUUGAGUUGCAAUCCAACUACAUUUGAAUACAUGAUUACUUCUAGCAUUGGUGUUUCAUAGCAGAGCUCAUUUAAAUUAGAAUAAUUUGCUUAAAAAAAUACAUCUGUGGAAAAUGGUGUUUGUUUUUGCAUUAAUGAUUCGUCACUCCUGAAAUUCAGAAAACACUCACAGCUAGUUUUCUGGAUCUUUUCAUAUUACAUCUUAUAAAAAAACAUCAGUUAUGUCUAAGAGAUGAUUUCUACAGUAAUAAACUUGUCUUUGAAAUUAGUUGUAGAUAAAAAAUGGUUUUGCUUAUCUGUGACAUUGCAAUAAAUACAUUUUCCAUCACA